CACUUUCUCUCUCCUCCCGCUUCUCUCCUCUCCUCUCCUCUCUCCCCAAAACAAUGAAUAAUAGCUUGGCUGGUGGCGGCUCCUCCUCUAGGGUUUCGAUUCCUCGUCACCUCCGUGAAACUCUUCAGAGUAUCAGAGAGAUAACGGGAAAGCAGCACUCCGACGAAGAUAUCUACGCCGUCUUUAAGGAAUCCUUCAAUGAUCCUUUCGAGACCGCUCAGAAGCUCCGCUUUCUAGAUACGUUUCAUGAGGUGAAAAGCAAAAGAGACAAGAAGAAAGAGAAUUUAGUGCCAAUUAACCAAGCAAGUGCCAGAACUGGUCGGAGGAACUUCGCUUCUACUAACACUUAUCAUGGUAGCAAUGGAAGAAAUGCAUCAUUUAAAAGGGAGAGUGGAGCUAAUCAUGUAACAGGGGGUUCUAGAAAUUCUCAUCCUAAUACUAACAACCGAGCAAGAAACCCCACAGCACCUCGUCCGACAAAGGUUUCUGGUCCUACAAGUGGGGCAAGCAAUCAUCAAGUGGAAAAUGAUUUCUCUGUGACUGUGAACAAGGGAGUUGCAGAGAAAAAUCAUCUUUCCAAGUCUACUUCUUUCUCCGAGGAUGGUGCUGAGCCUGAGACGUCUAAAGCAAGUUCAGAACAAGUUGAUGCACCUGUAUCAGUGUCUCUUGUACAGAACCAUUUACAAGAUGCAAUUCCUGCUCAGGUCUCACAACCUGUUGUGAAUAAACAGCCAGCAGAGUUGCAGUCACCCACAUUCGGUCGACAGGAUCCUUCGUUGAGUUCUGCUUCUCACUGCAGUAGCCAUUCUGAUCAAGUCACCGGAAAUGAGACUGCAUCCAACAAAGACAAAGCUCAAUCGCUUCUCAAGUCAGAUGUUGGCGGGAGGUCACACGUUACAUUUCCACUCCACCUUCAGGUCGCCGAAGGACUGCAAAACGGUCUUACAUUUGGCAGUUUUGAUUCUAAUUUUGUUAAAGAGGCAUCAACCACCUAUGGUGCUAGUGGCGGUGAUGACUCAGAUUUUAAGUCCUCAUACGGGACAGGGGAUGAUGAGAGAGAUUCUUCCCCCACUACCAAUGGCAUUCAUGCGGUUGCUUCUGCUAGAGGAGCAUCAUCCUAUUUUGAAGAUAAGGAUCAUGGAAUUUCAAAUUCAGCACUUGGAGCUGAGCUACUGCAGCAUUCAGGUCACAUUGUCCCACCUGGAGAAGAUGAACUCAGAGAGGAAGCUUUACCGAAGACACAACCUCAUCAAAUUGCUUAUGGUCAAGAAGCCCCAUUCAGCGUGUUUGGUCUUGUUCCCUCGUUUUCAGCAUUGGGCCAACCAGUAAGCACAGAAGCAGCUGAGACUCAGGCACGUCCUGGAAAUUCUAAUGCCCCGGCUAUAUCAUUAGUAUCAUAUCCGCCAGGUCAGGGCUCCAUAGCUGCAGUGUCUCAGCAGGCAACUCAUCUUUUCGGGCAACAAUACCCUCCCAGUUUCUUCCCUUACGGCCCCUAUUACUCACCGUUUUAUAUGCCACCACCACCAUACAUGCACCAGUUCUUGGGCCCUAAUGGAAUUCCUCAGCAGUCUUAUUUUCCAUCAGGUGCCCAUAUAGCACCAGUUGGCGACAAUGAGAACCCUCCUACAACAAACCCAUCCCCUCAUGCUUCUUCCACAGUUGCUACUCACAUCCCAUCUGCAACCGCCUUAAACUCCAUCCACAGUGAAGAAAGGACUUCACCAAUGACUGGAAAUGCAGCUGCGUGGAUUGGGCAGGGACUUGGCAACCUGCAGAUGAGUCAAAUGUACAACCUAGCCGCCCUGCAAGGUCAGCCACUUGGCUUCCCAGUCGUGCAGGCUGGUCACAGGGGGCUCAUGGGAAUACACCAACCAUCACAGCCCAUGCCCGCUCUUUCAACUACAUAUCAGACCUUAACGCCACUGCCACCACCACCACUCACCACAACGGCUAUGUCUGAACCCAUAAGACACCCAAACAUUGCCCAUCAGCAACCUCAGGCUGGCUUAACGAAUAGGGUCAACAGCAACUAUUAG